UGGAUUUCGCGUCUCCUGAACGGCAGCGUAGACUAGACUGGAAGAAAAACAAUGCGCAACCGUGUUGGUGUAGGUGGGAAAUCAUCUGGUGUAUUUCUUUUACCCGGUUAGUCCCUGUUGGAAUCUGACGACAGAAAAUACCUGUCGUUAUGAUAGUCUUCUGGGCGCUCUUUGCUCUACACUGUCGGCCGAGCCAUAGCGCCUAUGUCCAGGUGAAGCAAUGCGACCACUUUUCAGGUCCGUCAACAUGGCACUCCGGGAGCCUGAGAGCCUCGCUUCACCCGGGCAAGUCGCACACGGAUAUAUCCCUUGAGGUAUUUGAUCCCACGAAUUUCGAGGACUGCGAGACAAACAGCACGACAGCCGACAUUACGCUCCUUGGCCAUUCGACACGUGCCUAUUCGCCUACCGUCGACGGACCUUGCGCCACGAGCCAGUAUAUCGAAGGAAACCACAGUUUCAAUACUUUCAAACCAGCGCUUUAUCUGUCGCAAAGAGUCGACAACUUUUACCCCUUGUCGACAUUUGAAAUCGAAAUCACCCUGCGUGCCGCCAACCAGACUGAUGCCGGGUGUCUUUCUGCAUAUAUUACACCGGAAAUUCCCAUUAGACUGCGCGAUGCGCUGUUCUAUGGCCCGCUUGUUAUCUUGAUCGUUGUGCUGGGCAUGAAUUAUUGCCAAGUGCUACUGAAAGAACGAGAUGAGCUGGGCGCGAAUAGUCAAUUGCGGCAAACUGACCAUAAGCCGCUGGCGGUUAAUGGGAUCGGUUUUUGCCUCCAGCACCUACAAUUUGUCUUUCUCUCAGCUUGCCUAAGCCUAAGCUAUCCCGGAUUUUUCCAGCCCGCUGUGAGGUCCCUCAACUGGUUCAGUCUGUUCAGCAGCUCCAACGCAUUCUUGGGAGGAUACACGUACGCCGGCAUUGCGGAUGGCCUUUAUGAGACCAAUGGCACAUAUGGCGGGACCUAUGGCAUGGAACACAUGAUUCAAAUCCUCGGCGCGCCAAUGACGAUAGAGAUAUGGAUCAAUAUGACAAUCCUCGUACUUCUCGUGCUAGCCGUUGCCGCCAUUUUCGUCUGGCUUCACCGGCUCCUAUAUUGCUGGCUGCACCCUCCGAGCGAGAUCCAACCAUCCACCACUCUGCAGCAGUUGAUCGUGGACACCUUGCGAAUAGUCUUGACGUACUUCAUGCAACCGAUCAUUGCUAUCUCGGCAUAUCAGCUCGAUAAUAUUAACCUGUUACCUGAAUAUCUUGUAUCCUUGGCGGUCCUGCUCAUUCUCGUCGUUCUUGCUGCUUAUGUCUGGCUUUUUAAGCAAACAUCAGUCGAACGCAUCGCAGCUUUAUAUGUCGCCAUACCAGAAGCUGCCCGAGGUACACAUAUUCAAAAACGGAAUCUACAAAUCUAUCUGAUAGUCCAGUUCAGUGUGUCCGCGUCGCGUGGCAUCGUGAUUGGUGCAGUACAGGUCUCAGGAAGUGCUCAGAUCGCACUCCUGAUGCUCUGCGAGGUUGUCUCCAUCAUCUCAGUUCUGAGGUGGGUUCCUAGACUCUCAUUAUCAAUGGUGACUGUCUGCGGUGCCGGCAGGUUCGUCAUUCUGGCACUUAUGAUCCCGUUUGCUGUACCUUCCGCAUCGAUAUCAUCCAGGUGCCUUAGUGCUUAUGUCAUACUUGUGCUGGAGCUCGUCAUCUUGGUCCUGGCUAUCCUGGUUCCUCAAAUCUGUUCGUUUGUGAACCUAUGGCGGCUUCGAGCCGUUUCAGAGAAAGCACCAGUCUUUGGGCUUCGUCAACUUCAGCGCCGCUCUUACCAUCUACGGCAGCUGCCGCAACGACCUAGUGGCGGUUACGAAGAUCUGGCCUGUGUAAACUGUGGUUUGAAUCCGACUGUGCGAUCUGAUAACACCAGCACGUUAGGCCUUGAUGUCGGUAGCAUUCACACGCGGCCGCCGCGUAAUGCAAGACCGAGCACGCGCACAGCACCGAGCACCGCACGGCCCUCCACCGUCACCUCUCGCGACGAGACGCAUCUUGCUUGUGACAGUUCCUUACGCACACCUUCAGGAACCCAUCUGGCUGAACCAGAACAUAAAGGAUAUCUCGCAGACCUGCAGAGCCAUAGAUCGGCCUCCGGAGGUUCAUACGUAUCGCUUCCCUCAAGUGAAUCGUUCGUUCUGCCUAACGCGGAUUACGAGGUUCGUGAGAUGGACUUAUAUUAUCGGCAGCCCAGGCGCCCCAGUUUUCGCCAGGCUGCCAACUCUGCAGGAAACCGUCUAGGCGCGAAUCUUGAGUCGAUUUCCAACUGGUUGAAGUCAAAGUGGUAGCUAAGAAGCCACAGAUCUAAAUGAACACGAAAGGUCUGUAUAAUAAAUUUGAUUGAUUCGAAAAACAACAGAAGUAUACGUCGGCAACCCUAGUGUGAUAAGACUCUGCACCUAAUCUCAACUCAUGGCUGCCAGCGAAUGUAUUUCCGGAGGUCAGGCUGGACUACAGAGAGGGCCUAGCUCUAAGCAUAGACAGCCCUUUCUACAUACUUCAUCCUUGUCGAUGAACAAAGGGAGUGCGGCUCUGUUGGCAACCGGCUCUUUCAUCGCAUCUGC